AUAUCCGCCACAGUUUGUCCUUUUGUAAUUUUUUAGUUAACCAGUCUUCAGGAAUCAUUUAAGCCACAUUUUGUACAAAAUAGGUUAAAUUGCAUUCCGUGUGCCUACGUAUUCGGGGGCACAUAGCUUAAAAGUGCAUACCUCGAGAUAUGCACUAGUUACUAGUGUGGUUUGUCUAAUCCUUUCUUUGGUGCAGACUGAAUUCUAUCGGUCAGGUUUGAGACGUGGUCACCAUUCUAGGUCCAAGGCUUCCUGCCUGUCGCCUCCGACCAUCUAAUACUAGAUAAUAUAUAUCAUCAAAUGCGCAUCUCUGUCAGGCAAGUUUCUGACAGAUAUGUGGCGAUCCAAAAUUUUGGAAGUUUCCAGUGAGUCUCAUUUUAUGUCAUGUGGAAAAUUCUUAGGUAAAAGAGAACCUUUUCGGGAAUUCAAAUAUGAAUUAUUUAGUUUGACUUCCCCAUAUCUAAUAUAAGUGCCUUUCUACAGUCACUUUGAUAUACAAGCUUGUUGUAUUAUAAAAUGAAACUCGCAUAACCAUCUCACUCAAAUGCGUUAACGUUCUGAUGGAAUGAUUUAAAAUGUCAAGAUCAAUCUAAUGGCCAACAAUCAUUGGUUAUGGAAUAAACUUAACUGUAAUCUAUAUUUUUUUUAUCAAACGAACUGUUUUUGUCGAACAUUCGCUAAUGUCAAUCCCAAAAAUGCAGUUAGCCAGACUGACUUCAAAUUCUAUACUUCCUUUCAUCAGCCAACAACAAAUAAGAACAUUCAACGUAUCGACGGGAGGUUUAGGAUUUAGACAAAAGAUUGCCUAUAAAACAAGAUAUCAUUGGAUGCUAGAUUUAAAAAAGAGCAGAGCUCGUUCUAGAAAUCCUUGGAUUCCCAAAGAACCUAUAACAAGCAUGGAAAUUGAUGGACAGAAAAUUGAAUUCCCUGAAAUGUAUUUAGACUUUAUUGUACCCAACGACCUAGAAAAGUCUGAGUUGAAGCCUUAUGUGUCAUGGCGAUCAAAAGAAGUUGGAGAAGGACCAUUGACACCUGAAAUUUUAUUCGAACAAAGAUAUUUACAAAAAAUCACUGAAAUGUAUAAAAACGGUGCAAGUAAAGAAGAAAUUAUGGAAUAUGUGAAAAGAACAAAUUGUUGUUAG